ACUGACUGAGAGUUAAGUUUUAAGUGGGUUUGGCUGGUAGUCUGAACGUGAAUGAAGGAAGAGACGGUGCUAAAAGUCGUCAGUCAAUAAGUCUAAGAUCCAAUAUCCCUACUGCCAUUACAUCUUUACCAUGAGAGAUUUACCAACCUUUAUGGCAAUGAUUACAUUGCCAGUAACGAUUGCCUUACUGAUGCUCUGUCAACCAAGUCAAGGCCAAGAAAACAAUGAAGUGUUUGACCACAACGACCAACACUGCCAUGAUGUGUCGGUUUGGGGAGAAGUGGAGUUUGAGGACCAAGAAUGUCUCAAAUGCAAAACCGAAUUCGAAAAGCAAUGUGAAACCGUGACCAGGAACGUAUGCCAUCAACUGCCAACCACAGAUUGCAAACUGGUCCCAUUUACCAAAUGUGAAAUGUAUAUGGAACAAGCUAAAUAUAACGAGACCAUAGUCAUCCCAGACAGCGAAUAUGUUCCCUGGCAAUGUGAAAAUGUAACCGUAGAGGAAACCCACAUCAAACUGAUGCCUCAAUGUGUGGAUGUCACCAGGCAAGAUUGUGUGACCAAAUGGGAAUUUGCGCCCACAGGAGAGAAGAUUUGGGCUGGAAAUGAGUUGUGUACGCCCAUCACAUGGAAGAAUUGCACAUUGAUUCAAGUCCCCAAAUUGUUCAAUCAAACUUACACCAAAUGCGAGAGGACUGGCAUGGCCAUUCCCACGAUGAAAUGCGAACUUGAGGUCAAGACGAGGAUGAUUACGGGCAUGAGAUGCGAAGUGGGUGUGGCGGCCGAUUGUAAGACGAGUAGCAUGGAGCAAUGUGUGGACAUUACUUAUCAAGAGUGCAAAGAGUUGCCCAUGCCCUUGGAGUGCAAAUCCAGCACACUCCGGGUCCCAUUCCAACCCAAGAUCCAUCGAGUGAAGUGCUUGCUCAGAGACAAUAACGAGGCUCCGGAAUUGGCCGUGGAAGAGUCUGCGAGUGCUGCCGACGAAAAACUGAAUGGGCCAAAUGGGGUUGAGGGACAAUGAGAUGCUCUAAUACUCGUAUGACUCAUUUAUCAUAUGUAAAAAGUGCUUUAAAAAGAACACCCAAAAUGAAUUGCAAAUUGAUCUGCCCGUGAAAUAUAUUCGCCCACAUUCCAGCGA